AAAGGCGAAUUUUUUUACUCAGCCAAUGGAUAAAAUCUUCCCUCCCUUCCCACACUGUCACAAAUGCAGCGAAGGCAACUGCUCAUUUUUCUGUCCCUGAUGCGCAUUCUCUCCACCGCAGGCCUAAUCAAACCCCGGCUAGCCACCGCUCUCCUCAGUCGCCUUCGAUUUCAUAGCCGGCUCAAUUCCGUCCAACUGUCUCCGAACACGAGAUCGUCAUCAAAUCCAAUGAGAACUUCUGCUAUAGCGUUUUCUAGUAGCAGCUCCACCGAGGAGUCUCUCCCGAAAAGACUGUUCAACAAAUUCGUCAAAGAGGCCGUAUUCGCUUCCUACUCACCAUUUGCGCUUUGCUUAGUAGCCGGAACUCUCAAUAUUGACACCUUCCGCCACUAUAUUGCGCAGGAUGUUCACUUCCUGAAAGCCUUUGCGCGAGCCUAUGAAUUGGCAGAGGAUUGUGCAGAUGAUGAUGAUGCUAAGUUAGUAAUCUCUGAGUUGAGGAAGGAUGUAUUGGAGGAGCUAAAAAUGCAUGAUUCUUUUGCACGGGAGUGGGGUCUAGAUGUUGCUAAAGAGAUCCCUGUUAAUUCUGCAACAAUUAAGUAUACGGAGUUCUUGUUGGCAACAGCUGCAGGAAAGGUUGAAGUAGGAAAAGCUCCUGGAAAACUUGCUACCCCAUUUGAAAGAACAAAAGUUGCAGCUUACACACUAGGGGCUAUGACACCCUGCAUGAGAUUGUAUGCCUUUCUAGGAAAGGAAUUUAAGGGACUUCUGGAUCAUAUUCAAGGCCCUCAUCCCUACAAAAGUUGGAUUGACAAUUAUGCUUCAGAAGGCUUUCAGGCAUCAGCACUGAAAACUGAAGACUUGUUGGAAAAACUUAGUGUAUCUUUGACAAGCGAGGAACUAGACAUCAUUGAGAAGCUAUAUCAGCAAGCCAUGAAACUUGAAAUUGAGUUCUUCCAUGCUCAGCCAAUUUCUCAGCCAACUGUUGUUCCUCUGACAAGAGAUCAAAAUCCUGCAGAAGAUCGCCUAUUGAUAUUUUCUGAUUUUGAUCUUACUUGCUCGGUUGUUGAUUCAUCUGCCAUUUUGGCAGAAAUGGCAAUAGUUAAAGCCCCAAAAUCCGAUCUGAACCAACCUGAAGGUAAAAUUUCUAGGAUGUCAUCCACUGAGCUGAAAAACACCUGGGCUGUAAUUUCUAACCGGUACACAGAUGAAUAUGAAGCCUGCAUAAAAAAUAUAAUGCCCCCUCAAAAAGUUGAGUUCAACUAUGAUGCCCUGCAUAAAGCCCUUGAGCAAGUAUCAGAUUUUGAAAAAGAGGCAAAUUCUAGAGUGAUAGAGUCUAGUGUACUCAAGGGUAUUCAUCUUGAAGAUAUCAAACGAGCUGGUGAACGCAUGAAACUUAGAGAUGGAUGUGCUAGUUUUUUUCAGAAAAUUGUUAAGGAUGAAAACCUGAAUACAGAUGUCCAUAUUCUUUCUUGCUCUUGGUCUGGUGAUUUAAUCAAGAUGGUUUUUUUGUCAGCAGGUGUAGAUGUUCUGAAUGUACAUGCAAAUGAGCUUGUUUUUGAAGAAUCAAUUUCCACCGGUGAACUUGUUAGGAAGAUGGAGUCUCCCAUUGACAAGCUUGAAGCUUUCAAAAAUAUCUUAAAAGACCGCACCAGUGGCAAAAAGAUCUUGACUGUUUACAUUGGAGACACAAUGGGUGAUUUGCUUUGUUUGCUUGAAGCAGAUAUAGGCAUUGUUAUAGCAUCUAGUCCAAGCCUAAAGAGACUGGGGAAACGUUAUGGUAUUUCAUUUGUUCCAUUGUAUCGUGCACUGGUUAAGAAACAGAAUGGAGAUGUUGAAGGAAGCUUUUCUAACUGGAAGGGGCGGCAUUCUGGUGUUCUUUACACUGUCCAAUACUGGGAUGAAGUACAUGCCUUCAUUUUGGGGUGGUAGAGAAUCAAUUUUGCUUUAGUUCUCAUGACACCUUCUUGUUAGGAUAAAUGAAGGACUGUUUUAUAGAUAAAGAAACACAGGAUACAGUUUGGUGGCUGAAUUUUUUCUGGCCGCAUCUCCUAUCUCCCUUUUUGCUUCUCUGCAGGUCUUCCAUUCAGCAAUCUAUUAAUCAUUCUUUUGUGUGGAUGGAUAACGUUGGGAAUAGGAGUUAGAGCUUUUGAGCAACAGGGAUUGUAAGUGGGUCUCCUAUCAAAUAUGUUCAUACAAGUGUCAGAUAAAAUUCUAUUUUUGUGCCCUCAUAAGAUCUUCAAUAUUUUUUGCUGGAAUGGCAGUUUGAUUAUGCAGCUGCUGGCAAUUGUUUGAAUCCUGCAGGCAGCACUCUUUUCGACUGUUAAUCAAUAGAUUGGAUUUUUCCUUUAUUCAAUAAUCAAAUGCCUCUUUCUUUACUCCUUUUGUUUAGCGAAAAGUACUUGUGAUCGCAAUGGAUGCAAAGGUCUUGACGAGUAUUAGUUUUAUUUUUCAGUUUGGCUUGUACAAAUCUCAGGGUUAUCUCUAAAAUUU